GACACGGCAGGGUUUUCUUUUCCUUUCCUGCGCGGCGCGCUCUCUGUCUCUAUUAUUCCACCGCCGCCGCCACAAUUUUGUUCAUCGGCGAGGCGAGGCGAGGCGACGGGGUCACAAGAAGCCAGUCCACCGCCCUCCUCCUCUUCCCGCCCCUCUGCUGGUCGUCGAGGAGAUCCAUCCGGACUUGCGUCGAUUGCUUCUCUUUGUACCGCGUUGCAAGGUCAAUCUACCCAAGGAAGAACGAGUGCAGUUUACUGUCCAAAAUUUUUGUUUGGGGAUUCAACUGAAUUUCAGAUGGACAACCAAAAUCACCAAGCCCCACCUGGUACCAACGCUAACACCAGCGUCAUGUGCCAGCUGAUUAGUCCUGAAGGAGAGCAUCUCGGCGCAGCCCUCUAUCUGCCGCAGAAUGUCGGCCCGCCGCAGCUCCAGGAGAUUGUCAAUCACCUCCUCCACAAUGAGGACAAGUUGCCCUAUGCCUUUUACAUUGGAGAUGAAGAGCUCUCUGUUCAGCUUGGCACUUACAUGCAGCAAAAGGACGCCAAUGUCGAGGUUACUCUGCACAUAGUAUAUCAACCACAAGCACUUUUCCGGAUCAGGCCAGUCAACCGAUGCUCUGCCACAAUUGCUGGCCACACAGAAGCUGUACUAGCUGUUUCUUUUAGCCCUGAUGGAAAAUGUUUGGCUAGUGGUUCAGGUGAUACCACUGUUCGGUUUUGGGACUUGAAUACACAGACUCCAUUGUUCACAUGCAAAGGCCACAAAAAUUGGGUUCUCUGCAUUGCAUGGUCACCUGAUGGGAAACAUCUUGUUAGUGGAAGCAAGUCGGGAGAACUUAUAUUGUGGGACCCAAAAACUGGGAAGCAGUUGGGCUCCCCACUUACGGGACACAGGAAAUGGAUUACUGCUGUAUCUUGGGAGCCAGUUCAUUUGCAAGCUCCAUGCCGCCGCUUUGUAAGCGCAAGCAAGGAUGGUGAUGCACGCAUUUGGGACACUACCACAAGGAAGUGUGUUAUUUCCCUUACAGGUCACACUAAUUCAGUGACCUGCGUCAAGUGGGGUGGAGAUGGUUUGAUUUAUACAGGUUCUGAAGAUUGUUUAAUCAAAGUAUGGGAAACUUCCCAGGGAAAAUUGGUCAAGACACUGCAGGGUCAUGGGCACUGGGUGAAUUCGCUUGCCUUGAGCACAGAAUAUGUUCUCCGCACUGGGGCAUAUGACCAUACUGGCAAGACAUAUUCAACUACAGAGGAAAUGAAAGAAGCAGCUCUUGUGAGAUACAAGAAGAUGAGGGGUAAUGCUCCUGAGAGACUAGUAUCUGGUUCUGAUGAUUUUACGAUGUUUCUUUGGGAACCAACCAUUAGUAAACAACCCAAAGCUCGCAUGACUGGUCAUCAGAAGCUCGUGAACCAUGUUUACUUUUCCCCUGAUGGGCAGUGGUUGGCAAGUGCCUCCUUUGACAAAUCUGUUAAGCUAUGGAAUGGUAUCACAGGUAAAUUUAUUGCAGCUUUUAGAGGGCACGUUGCAGAUGUCUACCAGAUCAGCUGGUCUGCCGACAGUAGGCUUCUACUUAGUGGAAGCAAGGAUUCCACCCUAAAGGUAUCUAUUGGAAAUGCUUCCUACCCAUGCUUGCCAGUUAGAAUCUUGAGUGGCAUCGCUCUUGUUCCUGUGAAUGAAAAUCUGUUACGCGCUGAUGCAUCCUAUGUUUCUACAUUUCAGGUUUGGGAUAUUCGAACACACAAGUUGAAACAGGACUUACCGGGUCACGCAGAUGAGGUCUACGCUGUGGAUUGGAGCCCGGACGGUGAAAAAGUCGCAUCUGGUGGGAAGGAUAGGGCCCUUAAACUGUGGAUGAAUUGAGUAAGUUGCAGCUCUAGUGAACAAUACUGCAACACUGCAUGCGGGGUUGCUGACAAAUUUUUUUCUUCACCAAGAAGAAAUGAGGCUCCCGACAGGCAACAAUUUUGGAGUUGGCAUUGUGGAAUCUUGUACCGUGACGUUGUUUAGUCACAUUUGAAACUAUUUUAGAAACUUUGUUGCGACUAUGUUAUACUUGAAGGUGGUAUUAACACGAGACAAAUUCAGAAGGAUUUGUUUGGUUU